UUUCUACUUUCUAUAGGUCUUGAUGGAUAAGUAGGUACUUAGGUACCUAUUUUGGUGACAGAUAUAGAUUAUUGUAUUGUAUAGACAGAGUACUUUAUAUUGUGGGUGAGGUUAUAUGUUGCUCUUCAUUUCACUUUUCGAUCAACCAAUAUAAUUUAUUUGGUUGCAACAACAUGGCAAAAAACACAUUUAAUUCUGCGUUUAGAAAAAUUGAUAUCGACCAAUACAAUGAGGACAAUUUUAAAGACGAGGAAGCUGAACAUGCCGUGCCUUCUGGUCCUGACGAAAGCGAAGUCUCAGCAUUAUUAAACCAAGGUAGAUAUAAUGAAGCUCUUCAAAUUGUUUUAAGCAAUGCUCCAUUGGGGUCAGCAAACCAGCAAAUUAAAGACAAUGCACUGGCUCUGACACUGAAGGUGCUGCUUGCCAUUAAGUCUGGACAGAUCGAAGACGCAGUCAGCAGUCUUACGCCGAAUGAUGUUGAUAUUCUUAUGAAGUAUAUCUACAGAGGGUUUGAGUGUCCCUCGGAAGGUUCCAGCGGCCAUUUGUUACUUUGGCAUGAGAAAGCUUUUAAUGUGGGUGGUUCUGGCUCCAUUGUAAGAGUCUUAUCUGAUAGAAUGAAAGUUUAGAUUGUUUUAUCUCUUACUAUAAGAAACUAUCCCAUAUUUAAUAAAAAUAUUGAUUAUUUUAAUGUAUACCUUUAAAACAAUUGUAUUCAUGACAUUUUGUUUAUAUAAAUAGUAUAUUGCAACUGACACUUGUGUACCUAUCUGAAGGUACUUGUCAUGCUAUGUCCACACUGGAUCUAAAAUCUUUCAAUAGGGAUAGCAAUACAUUCGUUACAUUUGGGAGAAAUAUGCUAGCGUUUGUUUGCGCAGUGUGAAGUGUACAUAGCACAGAACUAUAUGGUAGGUACAUAGUGUAAGACACAAGACAUAUUGCAUAUACCAGAAAUAUUUUUAUUCCUUGGAAUAAAGUUGCAUUAUGUUCACAAA